AGAUAUCUCUAAUGGUUUCGGUCGCUGACUGCUAGGCCUGGUACGCGUCACAACUUGGAUUACUUUACUUUACGCUUGUUGCGCUUUGCUCAAAGGCCUUGACCUAGGUAGAUUUAUUUAGAGUCUAGGUAGGCUGGCUGUGUCGUGCUGAAGCCUCUUUCACUCUGUCAGGCUUGGUCUACGACUACGACUCGGAGGAAAACUUGGAGUGCGCCUGUUUUGUGGGGAUUGAGGAAUUUGCUCACCUCGAGUUUCUAGAUCUACAAGGCUGCUUUCAACUCGAACUUGUCGGGGUACCAUUGAAAAGGAAGUCUGAUUGUCAGCUCCGCUGUGUGUAGACAAUGUCGGCUGUUUUGAAUCUACUGAGAAGCAGACUUGCUUCGUCUAGCAGUUUUGCUAGUUACAAGCAAUUAAGAUGCAUGUCAGCCGCCCCUAAUCCAAACCCACAACCAGAUAUCAAGUGUGCCAAGAUUUUCAUCAACAACGAGUUUGUUGAUGCUGUAAGUGGCAAAACAUUCCAAACAGUGGAUCCGUCUACAGAGCAAGUUAUUUGUGAAGUGGCUGAGGGUGACAAGGCGGAUGUUGACAAAGCAGUUAAAGCAGCGAAUGAAGCUUUCCGCUUGGGAUCUCCAUGGCGCACAACGGACGCAACAGAGAGACAAAAUCUGAUGCUCAGGCUGGCAGAUCUCAUUGAAAGAGACAGAAACUACAUUGCUUCCCUAGAAACCCUUGACAAUGGCAAACCUUUCAGUGCAGCCUUUGCAGUCGAUGUGGAACUGGCCAUCAAGUGCUACAGAUAUCAUGCUGGAUGGGCCAAUAAAAAUGGAGGCAAAGUGGUACCAAUGGAUGGGAACUUUUUCUCCUACGUUCGCCAUGAGCCUGUGGGUGUCUGUGGACAGAUCAUUCCUUGGAACUUCCCUCUUCUGAUGCAAGCCUGGAAGCUUGGCCCUGCUCUGGCCAUGGGUAACACAGUUGUGAUGAAACCUGCGGAACAAACCCCUCUGACUGCUCUGUACAUUGCUCAACUGGCUGCUGAGGCUGGCUACCCGCCAGGUGUUGUGAAUGUUGUCCCUGGCUUUGGACCAACAGCUGGUGCUGCCAUCGCAGAGCACAUGGACGUAGACAAAGUUGCUUUCACAGGUUCCACUGAGAUUGGACAGCUCAUCCCUCAAAUGGCGGCCAGAACUAACCUGAAGAGGGUCACCUUGGAACUGGGCGGAAAGAGCCCCCAGAUUGUCUACUCAGACAGUAAUAUGGAGAACGUGGUGGACAGCACACACUUGGGUCUGUUCUUCAACCAGGGCCAGUGCUGUACGGCCGGCUCUCGUGUGUUUGUGGAGGAGAAAGUCUACGACGACUUUGUGGAACUGGCCACAGAGAAGGCCAAGAACCGCACCAUUGGGAACCCGUUUACCGAUGUUGACCAGGGUCCACAGGUUGAUGCUGAUCAGAUGGGCAAAAUUCUUGAGCUGAUUGAUAGCGGGAAGAAACAGGGUGCCAAAAUGACAGUGGGUGGAAGUCGCGUUGGUGACAAAGGCUACUUUGUUGCUCCUACUGUCUUUGCCGAUGUGCAGGAUGACAUGAGGAUUGCCAAGGAGGAGAUCUUUGGACCAGUCAUGCAAAUCAUGAAGUUCAAGAAUGACUCUGACCUGCUUGAGAGGGCCCACAACACCAUCUACGGUCUGGCUGCCUCUGUCUACACACAGGACAUAGACAGAGCUCUCUUCCUGGCCAACAGUCUAAGGGCUGGAACUGUUUGGGUGAAUUGCCACAAUGCCUUUGACACUGCCAUGCCAUUUGGUGGCUACAAAAUGUCUGGCCAGGGCCGUGAGCUUGGAGAGUAUGGCAUUGAGGCGUACACAGAGGUGAAAUCGGUCAUCAUCAAGAUCCCCCAGAAAAACUCUUAAACUGUAAUGGGAGUGUUCGACGGAACCUCAAAAGUGAUGCGUUUUGAGCUUUUGUUGUGUUUUGACCAGUGAUAUUGCUCACCCGCAUUGUUGUUGAUUUUGUUUGUACUUUGUUCUUUGUUGGUCAAGAUUUUGCAAUCUCAUUUCUGAACAUUUUCUUUUCAUUUGAGAUGCAAAAAGUAGAGACCUAUUUGGCUACUUAGGUCUUGUUCAUGAAUAUUCUAUAUUUUGGUGUAUUUCAAACACUUUUCAGUUCUCCACAAAUUACUUUAUUAAUUGCUCUAAGUUAUAGUCUCAGAAGGACAGACAUUAUUCUUUUUGUUUCUUUUACAGUGCAAGUUUAUUAUGAGAGAUUGACUAGGAAGCUGUGUUUGUCAUAGAGAACUGGAUUUGAUUCAUAGUCCUUUCGUUAUAAGAUUCAACAUAAACAAUUGUUGACUAUUUUUCUAUACUCAUCUGUGACCCAAAUGUCUAAGAUGUGCUUGAUCCUUUCUGUAACAUCCUUGGAUUUUUUUUCUGAAUGGAUAAUUGAAAGUUAUGCUCCAAUUCAAUUAAUUGGUGUACUUUUAGUGAUAGUGUGCUAUUGAAGCAUUGUCCAAACAUAGGUUUUCUUUUAUAUCAAGUUCAUGACAAUAUUUUAAACUUUAUUGUGCUCUCAAACUUUUGAUUAAAAUUAAUUUACCCAAGACUUUCACUUCAUGUUAUUGGAACUGUAAAUUAAGAAAAAGCAACAACGAGCAUUUUUGGAAAAUAGGAACAUGUUAUGACAUUAGGAUCCAAGGGGUCACAUAUUAUAUAUUUUUGCAAAUGUUAAUAAUCAGAUAACUGAGAAGGCUCGCAUGACAAUAUCUAUUUUUUUCUAGACAUCUUGUAUUUAAUUUUGGUGGGAUUGAAAAAAACUAACCUUGUGAAGCAUGAAAUUAAUCCUUGUUGUUGUUAUGUUGUUAUCGAUCCAGGAAAUUAAUCCUUAAAAUCAUAAUGAUAUUAUGUUUUUAUUUUGAGCUCCCUGCUUGAGACAUUGCUGAUUUUUAUAUUUCCUAAUAGUUAACAUUUUGGUUAUUAAUUGAAAAGAUUCAUUUUUUGUUUUCUGUUUUGGUUCUUCUUGUUUGUUUUAUUUUUCCUGUUUGUUUUUGGAUUAUGUGAUAUUUAACAUAGCAUAAAUUAAUGAGGAAGAUUCAGCUUUCUGAUAGCCUACUGCUGAAGUAGCCCAUACCUUUCAGUUCAAUUUAAAAUCUUUGUAAUGCAGAUAACCCAAAAUGUGGUGAGUUCAUACAUUGUUCCAAAAGUACCAUUGAUAUGCAUAUGUUUCAUUUUUAGAUGCAAAAGAGAAAUGUUCUCUUUUUCACUUAAAAGAACACUUCCAUUUUAGAUUGAUAGCAAGUAUGCUUUAUUUGAGGUUGCGUGAUAAAGUUUCUAGAUUGCAUUGCUUUGCAAAAUAAGUGUUUUGGACUUUGUAUUUUCCAGAAUGUGUUGCGUGGAUAUUUUCUGUUUUUGUGCCUGACAUGAUUGAGGUCCACUCUCAAAAUGUCUUGCUUUUCUUAAUUCUCGGGUAUCCAUGAGAAGUGUUUGAAUGUUUUUAAUGUUGAACUAACAAUGGAAAAGUCCAAGUGCCCUUUGACAAAGGCUGGCUGUCUUGUUUUCAAGAGAGUAGAUUUGUACCCAUAUUGUGGAUUACUAACCCCCUCUUUUGUCUUCAGUCAGUGUCUGCCAUAGGAGCUUUCUGUCUAUGACAGCUUAUUUAAUCUACACAAAUGUACCCACUAUACAAUUGUGAAAGUGACAAAUGUAAUCAUGAUUAAUAUUAAAAUUUUGUGUGAAAUGA